UUCCCCUACUGCACAGAGCUUCAAGGCUGCCCGCACAAAAAUGUCCUGCAUAAUAAAUGAAGCAGUGGCUCCUCACUUUAGAAAGGAACUGGUCAUGAAGAUGAGGACCAAUCCUUUCACGUUGAUCACAGAUGGAUCAAAUGAUACAGGACGUGAGAAGAUGAACCCGCUCACUGUGCGGGUAUAUGACAGUGAUCUCAGCAAAGUUGUCCACAGGUUCCUGGAUAUGUGCCCCACCAGCGGGCCAAACUGCGGCACAGCUGAAGUCAUCUACAAGAAGAUGGAUGAGGCCAUGCAGAAAAACGCCAUACCAUGGAGAAACUGUGUCAGUCUGUCAGUUGAUAAUGCCCCUGUCAAUACAGGAGCAAGGAACUCCAUCGCAUCCAGAGCUCAUCAAGAACAUGGCAGUAUCUACAUCCAUGGGUGCCCUUGUCACAUCAUCCACAACACUGCCAAACAGGCUGGCCAGGCCUUUUUGGAGGUGUGUGGAUUUGAUCCAGAGGAUCUCGCUGUGGAUGUUGGAUAUUGGUUUAAAGGAAGCACCAAUCGCAAAGGUUACCUAACAGAAUUCUGUGAGCUCCAUGGAAGUGAGUAUAUGGAAAUGCUCAUGCACGUUUCUGUUCGAUGGUUGAGCCUGGAGAAGUGUUUGACUCGUAUCCUGCAGCAGUAUGAGCCACUGGCCAGCUACUUCAAGUCAUUAAAUGACAAACAGCCAAGGUUCAGGAGGCUUGUGGAGGCAUUCUCUGACUCAAUUACAGAGGUGUACCUACUGUUCUUUCAAGCAACUUUUCCAGUCUUCUCCACAUUCAACCUCCUCCUCCAGAGAGAGAAGUCGUCAAUCUUCCUACUACAUGAUGAGGUAAAUUGGAACCGUUGGGAUACAGUUUGCUAGUAUGAUGUUCUAUCUUUGUUCCUUUUUUAUUAGCAGGAAAUA